GUACAUUCCGCGGCAGAACGUGGUUUACUGACCGCGCUCACCAAAUCGAUCGAUAGAGGAGAGGAGAUUGACCUAAGCUCACCAGGUCGUACCAACCCUCUACAUCUGGUAGUAAGCAACGGACAUCUACCAGUAGUGAGGCUACUACUCGAGACGAACCCCGACCCAUAUUGUGAGUACGAAAAGGGGCAAACGCCACUAUUUCACGCGGCCGAAAAAGGUCAAGACGCCAUUGUGUCAUUGCUUCUAGCCUAUAACGCUCAGCCAAAUCGUACAACCCCU